GUGUUCAUUGGCUGAAAAGAGCUAAACAUAAAUUGUGUUGCCGCCACCUGGUGCUUGUACUGGAGGAGCGCACGUGAACCAAACCAACCCUCUCUGUGCGCAAACAACAUUUUAACAAAUACAGUACAGCCUGAGUUGCCAUGUCCGAGGUUUUCCUGGAUGUUUGGCUACAAUUAUAGACAUUUUCGGGAAUUUGAAUCUGGAUUGGCUAUCCCCGGCCUCAGAUCAAUUGAAGAGUAUAUGUAUUGAUUUUAAUCAGACUCAAUUGAUCUCAAAACCCACACAGCUAAAUGUGAAAAACCCUGUUAACUCUUCAUUGAUUGAUUUAAUUCUUACAAAUAACCCCCACAAAUAUUUGUCUAGUAGAGUAUUUGCAUAUGAUCUCAGUGAUCUUUGUCCCAUAGUAUGUAUUAGUUUACGAAACAGAAAAAUACUAAUCCUUGUUUAAUUAAGAAGAUAAAUUGCAAAAAGUUUUCUAAUCAAGUUUUUUUAAUGACAUGUUCUACUCUGAUUUAGCCACUGUCGUCUGUAUUCCUAACCUUGAAUUGGCUCUUGAAAAUGUGUCCUCCAUAUUUAUUCCUCUGGCAGAUAAACACAUCUCUUUUAAACAAUUCAGAGUCAAAGAUAGAUCCCUUGGUUUUCUUCUGAAUUAUCUGAGUAUAUUCAGAAGAUAAAUAGUGGGCUAAAGCAAGAUAACCUGACUCUGUGGUGGACUGGCAAUCUUUCAGACAAUUGAGAAACUGAUGUACUAUCUUGAUGAAGACAGCUAAAUCAACCGCUUUUCAAGCUCUAUCUCACCAUUUUAGAAAACAGUAAACUGAAGGGUACAAAUUCCUCUUCUUUCCUGCCUAAGAAUGCAGGUAAAACUAAGUAUAUGUUGUUCUCUAGAGCGCAUAAAAAUAAGUCUGAUUUUAGCAUAUGUACUUUGGAUGUUGUCCAUAUUGAUUGUGUCCGUGCUUAUGUAACGGAUGUGAAAUGGCUAGUUAGUUAGCGGGUACGCGCUAGUAGCAUUUCAAUCAGUUACGUCACUUGCUCUGAGACUUAAGUAGUGUUGCCCCUUGCUCUGCAAGGGCUGCGGCCUUUGUGGAGCGAUGGGUAACGAUGCUUCGUGGGCAACCGUUGUUGAUGUGUGCAGAGGGUCCCUGGUUCGCGCCCGUGUCGGGGCGAGGAGACGCCGUAAAGUUAAACUGUUACAUUGAUGCUGUUGACCCGGAUCACUGGUUGCUGCGGAAAGGGGGGUGAGUGUAACGGAUGUGAAAUGGCUAGUUAGUUAGUGGGUACGCGCUAGUAGCAUUUCAAUCAGUUACGUCACUUGCUCUGAGACUUAAGUAGUGUUGCCCCUUGCUCUGCAAGGGCCGCGGCCUUUGUGGAGCGAUGGGUAACGAUGCUUCGUGGGCAACCGUUGUUGAUGUGUGCAGAGGGUCCCUGGUUCGCGCCGUGUCGGGGCGAGGGGACGCUGUAAAGUUAAACUGUUACACUUACAAAUAUCUGGGCAUCUGGAUAGAUGAAAAGCUGUCUUUUAAAAAGCAUAUUGAUGAGUUAAAAAUGUGCUUCUUCUAUAGAAAUAUAUCUCUUGCCUCUCGCUAAAUAAUAGAAAGCAGAUUAUUCAGUUAACAUUCCUAUCGGCCUAGACUAUGGCGACAUCAUCUAUAUCAGGGGUGUCAAACUCAAAUACCCAGUGGGCCAAAAUGUAAAACCUGAACAAAGUUGCGGGCCAACAUUGAACAAAUGAACCUUUUAAUAUGGACCCAAACAAGUUUUGCUUUAACAUUGAAUAUGGAACAAGCAUCGCUUAUUACCAUACAAUAUAUAAUUUAAUAGUGGAGACAUGCAAAAUCGAAUUUCAAAUGAAAAAACACAUCAAUGGCAUUCAUUUAUUAAAUAAGUAAAAAUCGUAUGCCUCUUUUCUAUUUGCAGCCUUCUGAUUUAAAUACCAAAAUAAACUUCUUUUUUUUUUACUUCAGCGUGUCGUUGCACUGGAGUUCAAUCAGCUCCAUUUGGAUGUUGGUUGGUGCAUUUUCCACAUCAACUGCGAAGGGAUUACUAAGCAGUUCAAACCUACAUUUCUGGACAUCGAAGUCGGCAAAUCGCCGGCUAAACUCAGCGGCGAGAACACUGAGUUUUUCAGCAAACUGUGCGCAUGGGAACACGGCGGUAGAGAUUCAUCAUGCACUUUUUCACGAACUCUCCCUCAUUAAAGGGCCGGGCUGAUUUUGCGAUCUCUGCUGCCACUAUAUAACUAGCCUAUACAGCAGCCUCACUUUGUGAUGUGGCUUUUCUUCUGUUGUGAAACCAAACGUUUCUCCCACUUGUCCAGAAAGCUCCUGUUUUCUGCCUUUCUUUUCGCCAUUUUUGGGAAGGGAUAGCGCGCUGACAAUGGUAGCGUCUAUGUUGCUAUGACUACUGUCACAGAGAAGUGGGCGUUUCUGGGUCCUGUCCUGAUUGGCGCGCGAAAACAAUAGCAGAGCAUUAUGGGAUUCGUAGUAUUGAAUGCGCUGUAUAAAUGCGCUGUAUAAUACCGGCGGGCCAGCUCUAAUAGUAAUUUGGUAUUGUCUCGCGGGUCAAAUAUAAUUACACAGAGUUUGACACCCAUGAUCUAUAUGAACGCAGCUGCCAAUUCAUUAAAGCCGUUAGAUGCAGUUUAUCAUAGCACAAUGCGCUUUAUUACGGGUGACGAUUUUAGUACUCAUCACUACAUUCUCUACCAGAAAGUUGGUUGGCCUUCAGAUGUCACAUAGGUUGAUACAUUGCUAUGUUUUCAUUUAUGAAUCCCUUUUAUUUAAAAAAGUCCCACUGUAGCUAACAACUUUACCAUUCAGCCAUCAGAUUUGCCACCAAUGCUCCGUAUAGGACACAUCACUGCACUCUAUACUCCUCUGUAAACUGGUCAUCUCUGUAUAUCCGUCGCAAGACCCACUGGUUGAUGCUUAUUUAUAAAAUCAUCUUAGGCCUCACUCCCCCUGUCUGAGAUACCUACUGCAGCCCUCAUCCUCCACAUACAACACCCGUUCUACCAGCCUCUUUCUGUAAGAGGUACCCAAAGCACACACAUCCCUGGGUCGCUCCUCUUUUCAGUUCGCUGUAGCUAGUGACUGGAACGAGCUGCAAAAAAACACUAAAACUGGAUCUCUUCAUUCAAAGACUCAAUCAUGGACAGACACUCUUACUGACAGUUGUGGCUGCUUCGCCUGAUGUAUUGUUGUCUCUACCUUCUUGCCCUUUGUGCUUUUGUAUUUGCCCAAUAAUGUUUGUACCAUGUUUUGUGCUGCUACCAUGUUUUGCUGCUGCCAUGUUGUUUUGCUACCAUGUUGUCAUGUUGUUUUGCUACUAUGCUGUGUUGUCAAGUGUUGCUGCCAUGCUAUGUUGUCUUAGGUCUCUCUUUAUGUAGUGUUGUGGUGUCAGUACAGUAUUACAUUUUAUCCCAGCCCCCGUCCCCGCAGGAGGCCUUUUGCCUUUUGGUAGGCCGUCAUUGUAAAUAAGAAUUUGUUCUUAACUGACUUGCCUAGUUAAAUAAAGGUUAAAUGAAAAAAUAAAACUUGUGUCGCCUACCUGGGCUUGGCAAACAUAUUUCUUAAGUUUAUUGUUGUAGCCUUGUGUUAUUAUGCAAUUGUUAAUGGCCAUGUUUAGUUAAGUAAAUUGGAUUUAUCAAAGCUCUAUCGUAAUUACCGAUCAGUUGUUAGAACCCAUUAGAUUAACAGUAACAGUCAGAUUAGGCUACAGGUUAAAAAAACUACAAAAACACUGGCAGUUGUUGACAGGAAUAUUCAGUUCACAUACAUAUUAUUAAUAUUUAAUUCAGUGAUUGAUAUUACGACCCUUUCCUCAGUAGCCUUUUCCAGCAGCCUAUUGGGAAACAAGCACUUCUUACCUCAAAAUCGCCUUGAUAUUCACGUUGAAUAAAUUAGUCUGUCAAUUUGAACUAAACAAACUGCUAAAUCAUUCAGUCUACAUCUUGCUUUGGCUACUGUAGGCUAUCUGAAAUUAGAUGUAGUCCUAUCAGGGGCUAUAGGCUACCUGCAACUAGCUAAGCAAAACAUGGCAAAUUACAAUCAUAAACCCAGAUUGUAGUCUGUAGCCUAUACCUAUUGAAAUGACAAGUCAAUCUCGCAAAUGGACCAUUUCUAACUGUGUAGUCUUAACAUCUCAAAUCAAAUUUGGUCACAUACACGUGUUUAGCAGAUGUUCUUGCGGGUGUAGUAAAAUGCUUGUGCUUCUAGUUCUGACAGUGCAGCAAUAUACAAGUAAUAUCUAAGAAUUUGACAACAAAUACGUAAUACACACAAAUCUAAGUAAAGGAAUGGAAUCUCUACAACCCAUGGAUCCAGGCCAGGGGCAGUAGAUACCACCAUCUCUACAACCCAUGGAUCCAGGCCAGGGGCAGUACCACCAUCUCUACAACCCAUGGAUCCAGGCCAGGGGCAGUAGAUACCACCAUCUCUACAACCCAUGGAUCCAGGCCAGGGGCAGUACCACCAUCUCUACAACCCAUGGAUCCAGGCCAGGGGCAGUAGAUACCACCAUCUCUACAACCCAUGGAUCCAGGCCAGUGGCAGUAGAUACCACCAUCUCUACAACCCAUGGAUCCAGGACAGGGGCAGUACCACCAUCUCUACAACCCAUGGAUCCAGGACAGGGGCAGUAGAUACCACCAUCUCUACAACCCAUGGAUCCAGGACAGGGGCAGUACCACCAUCUCUACAACCCAUGGAUCCAGGACAGGGGCAGUACCACCAUCUCUACAACCCAUGGAUCCAGGACAGGGGCAGUAGAUACCACCAUCUCUACAACCCAUGGAUCCAGGACAGGGGCAGUACCACCAUCUCUACAACCCAUGGAUCCAGGACAGGGGCAGUAGAUACCACCAUCUCUACAACCCAUGGAUCCAGGACAGGGGCAGUAGAUACCACCAUCUCUACAACCCAUGGAUCCAGGCCAGGGGCAGUAGAUACCACCAUCUCUACAACCCAUGGAUCCAGGACAGGGGCAGUAGAUACCACCAUCUCUACAACCCAUGGAUCCAGGCCAGGGGCAGUAGAUACCACCAUCUCUACAACCCAUGGAUCCAGGACAGGGGCAGUAGAUACCACCAUCUCUACAACCCAUGGAUCCAGGACAGGGGCAGUACCACCAUCUCUACAACCCAUGGAUCCAGGACAGGGGCAGUACCACCAUCUCUACAACCCAUGGAUCCAGGACAGGGGCAGUAGAUACCACCAUCUCUACAACCCAUGGAUCCAGGCCAGGGGCAGUAGAUACCACCAUCUCUACAACCCAUGGAUCCAGGACAGGGGCAGUACCACCAUCUCUACAACCCAUGGAUCCAGGCCAGGGGCAGUACCACCAUCUCUACAACCCAUGGAUCCAGGACAGGGGCAGUAGAUACCACCAUCUCUACAACCCAUGGAUCCAGGACAGGGGCAGUAGAUACCACCGCCUUUCUAACACCGGGGAUGACAUAUCUGCAGGUUUCUCUCCUCAGUCUGUAUCCAGAGAGUCCCUCAUCUUUGGGCCAGGAUAAGGAUCUUAGACCUUGUCCUUGGUGUGGUUUUGGACCAACUCUGUUUCUGUAAAGAAGACACCUUGUCUGCAUCAUCACAUGGCCAACUGACAGCCAACGGACUGCCUCUGGCCUCCAUGUCUGUGUCUGUCUGCUUAGAGGACUGACUGACUGUUCUGAGACCUGACUGCCUCUGUCCUCCAUGUCUGUGUCUGUCUGCUUAGAGGACUGACUGCCUGUUCUGAGACCUGUUGUUCCACAUUCCACUGACUCAUUCCACAGCAGAACCACGGCUGAUUAGGAUGUUACAGGACAAAGAGAGACUGAUCUGUUAGUAGACACUACAGCACCCACAAAGCAUUGCAGCUUCCCUUACUGACAGUUGUAGGCCUACUUGCACUGCCUGCUUUUAUUACUGUCUACCUCAAGGUCAUUUUUUCUGUGAGUUAAUGUUCUGUAAAUACUCCCAGGUUUGGUGUUUCAGAUGUUUAUGGUCUAUGUUACUAGUUUUACUCUGUGUGCAGUUGGGGGUUUUGUUCUCCAGGAAAUUGCAGCUUGUGGAAAAUAUCACACAAUUUACUGCUGACAAA